GGCGAAAGCUGACGGCGCCCAUUUUGUCCGCUAGGUGGCAGCUCUGCACCAGAAUUUCCUCCCCACCAGGUCGUCGAAACAACAAACCGAACUACGGAGCAAGCGGGGUGAGAGAGAGAACGUCCGAAACCGCCUCUGACCGCGACUUUCAAACUCUUUCUGCGAAUCGAGUUGAAUUUGCGAGAGGGCCCCUUUUAAGAUUAGUAAAAGUUGAUAUCCCGCUGGAACUGAAUUUUACAACCAGGUCGAUCAAAGAAAGUUGAAUCACUUCAUCGGACACAACGUUUAUUGAGAGAAACGUUUCAUCAGUCAUCUAAGUGACCUCUUCAUCUAAACUGAUUGCAGGUCACAUGCGACCUCUUAUGUCCUUUGUUUUGAGGAUCUCAAAUCAGUUAUAAAUUGAGGUUAUCCAGAAGAUGUUACAGAAAUGAUAGCGGCACCAGAAAUACCGUCAGAGUUCCCCUUCCCUCAGGAUACAGACACUCGUUUCUCCUCGGAUACAGACUUCUCUGAGGAUCCUGACGGAAGGAGUUCAAACUCAGCCAAAGGAAAGGGAGGAAAGAAGGGAAAGAAGACAGCAGGGGAGAAGGGUAAAGGAGGGAAGGGAGCAGGCCGGAUAAAUGGCCACCACCAGGAGAAUGGCAUGGAAAACAUGAUGCUUUUUGAGGUGGUAAAGCUGGGCAGGAGUGCAAUGCAGUCUGUCGUGGAUGACUGGAUUGAGUCCUACAAGCAUGACAGAGAUGUUGCUCUCCUAGAUCUCAUCAAUUUCUUCAUCCAGUGUUCCGGAUGUAAAGGUGUGGUCAGUGGAGAGAUGUUCCGCAAUAUGCAGAAUUCUGAGAUCAUCAGACGAAUGACAGAAGAGUUUGAUGAGGACAGUGGUGACUACCCUCUAACCAUAGCAGGGCCUCAGUGGAAGAAGUUCAAAUCUAGUUUCUGUGAGUUCAUCGCAGUGCUUGUACGCCAGUGUCAGUACAGCAUUAUCUAUGAUGAAUACAUGAUGGACACGGUCAUCUCCCUCCUCACUGGACUGUCAGACUCCCAAGUCCGAGCCUUCAGACACACCUCAACACUGGCAGCCAUGAAGCUUAUGACAGCCCUGGUGAAUGUAGCUCUGAACCUGAGCAUCAACAUGGAUAAUACCCAGCGCCAGUAUGAGGCAGAGAGGAACAAGAUGGUGGCUAAGAGGGCCAACGACCGGCUGGAGUUGCUCUUGCAGAAACGUAAAGAGCUCCAAGAAAAUCAAGAUGAGAUUGAAAACAUGAUGAAUGCAAUAUUCAAAGGAGUGUUUGUUCACCGAUACCGUGAUUCAAUAGCAGAAAUCAGGGCUAUUUGUAUAGAAGAAAUUGGAGUGUGGAUGAAACUCUACAGCGAUGCCUUCCUCAACGACAGCUAUCUUAAGUAUGUGGGAUGGACCAUGCAUGAUAAGCAAGGCGAAGUGCGUCUGAAGUGUCUGACAGCUUUACAGGGUCUCUACUACAACAGAGAACUCAAUACGAGACUCGAGCUCUUCACCAGUCGUUUUAAGGACCGCAUUGUCUCAAUGACUCUUGACAAAGAGUAUGAUGUUGCAGUACAGGCUAUAAAACUGCUCACUCUUGUCUUACAUAGUACAGAUGAGGUGCUGAGCCCUGAGGACUGCGAGAGUGUAUAUCACCUUGUCUACUCUGCUCACAGACCUGUUGCCAUAGCAGCUGGAGAGUUCCUCUUCAAGAAGUUGUUCAGCCAGCGGGAACCAGAGGAGGAGGGUGCCCCCAAGAGGAGAGGCAGACAGAGCCCGAAUGCAAACCUCAUUAAGACCACUGUCUUCUUCUUCCUAGAGAGUGAGCUCCAUGAGCAUGCAGCCUACUUGGUGGACUCACUGUGGGAGUGUGGUGCAGAGCUACUGAAGGACUGGGAGUGUAUGACCAGUUUACUGUUGGAUGACCCAUUGCCUGGAGAGGAAGCUCUAACUGAUAGACAGGAGACAGCUCUGAUUGAGAUCAUGCUGUGCACUGUGCGCCAGGCUGCUGAGUGCCACCCGCCUGUGGGCAGAGGCACAGGAAAGAGGGUAAUGACAGCCAAGGAGAAGAAGACUCAGCUCGAUGACCGAACCAGGAUGACAGAGCUGUUUGCAGUGUCAUUGCCCCCUCUACUGGCCAAGUAUGCUGUGGAUGCAGAGAAGGUGACCAACCUGUUGCAGCUGCCUCAGUUCUUUGACCUAGAAAUUUACACCACAGGAAGGCUGGAGAAGCAUCUUGAAUCCUUGCUGCGCCAGAUUAGGGAGAUAGUGGAGAAGCAUACAGACACUGAAGUUCUGGAGGCAUGCUCCAAGACCUACCACGCCCUCUGCAAUGAGGAGUUCACAAUUUUCAAUAGGGUAGACAUUGCCCGCUCCCAGCUGCUGGACGAGCUGGUAGACAAAUUCAACAGACUACUGGAGGACUUCCUGCAAGAGGGCGAAGAUGCUGAUGAAGACGAUGCUUACCCGGUUCUUUCAACUCUGAAGAGGAUCACGGCCUUUCAUAAUGCUCAUGACCUGUCUCAGUGGGACCUCUUCACCAGCAAUUUCAAGCUGCUCAACACAGGCAUUGAGAAUGGAGAUAUGCCUGAACAGAUAGUGAUUCACUCAUUGCAGUGUACCCACUAUGUGAUCCUGUGGCACCUGGCCAAAUUGUCUGAGGGUAGCUCAAGAAAGGAGGACCUGGUGACCCUGAGGAAACAGAUGAGGGCAUUCUGCAUGAUGUGUCAGCGCUACCUCACCAAUGUCAACACAGCUGUCAAAGAACAGGCAUUCACCAUCUUAUGUGAUGUGCUGUUGAUCUUCAGCCACCAGAUGGUGUCUGGUGGCAGGGAGCACCUGGAGCCCUUGGUCUAUUCCCCAGAGGAUUCACUGCAGUCUGAACUACUCUCCUUCAUCCUAAACCAUGUCUUCAUAGACCAGGAUGAUGACACAAACAGCACAGAUGGGCAGCAGGAUGAUGAGGCGGGGAAAAUUGAAGCUCUGCACAAGAGAAGAAACCUGCUGGCUGCCUAUUGUAAGCUUAUCAUCUACUGUGUAGUGGAGAUGAAGACUGGGGCUGACAUCUUCAAACAGUAUAUGAGGUAUUACAAUGACUAUGGGGACAUUAUCAAGGAGACCAUGAGUAAGACUCGGCAAAUUGACAAGAUCCAGUGUGCCAAGACCCUCAUUCUCAGUCUCCAGCAGUUGUUCAAUGAGAUGCUUUCAGACUUGGGUCAUGGGUUUGAUCGCUCGUCCUCUUCAUUCUGUGGAAUCAAAGAGCUGGCGCGACGGUUCUCCCUCACCUUCGGCCUCGACCAGGUCAAAACUAGAGACGCCAUCGCCAUGCUACACAAGGAUGGCAUAGAGUUUGCGUUCAAGGAGCCCAGCCCCCAGGGAGAGGGAAACCCUCCUCUCAACCUGGCCUUCUUGGACAUACUGAGCGAGUUUUCCUCCAAGCUCAUGAGACAGGACAAGAGGACUGUCCACAUGUACCUGGAGCGCUUCAUGACGUUUCAGAUGGCACUGCAGCGAGAGGACUGCUGGCUCCCACUCAUCUCCUACAGGAACUCCCUGCAGGCUGGUGGGGACGACGACACCAUGUCUGUGAUGAGUGGCUACUCGAGUAGGGGCUCCUCUGUCCGCUCAAAGAAAACCAAGCCCACUGCCACUACAGCUGGAACCUCGGCAACCAAAAGGAAGCUGCCAGAAGAGGAGAGCAGCAGCAGCAGUGAGGUUUGGCAGCAGAGCAUGCAGACUCCAGUCAUGAUGCCAUCCCCCCACCUGACCUCCACUGCAAUGCGGGACCCCAAGAGGGGCCGAGAUGACAGCUACAUGGGUGUCUACCCUCUCCCGCAAGACCAGCAGCAAUCCCAUCAACACUCGCAGCAUCAUCAACAGACGCCCCAGCACCACCAAACACCCAUGGAUUACAAUCCCCAGGUGACGUGGAUGCUGGCCCAGAGACAGCAGGAAGAGGCACGCCAGCAGCAGGAAAGAGCCAUGAACUAUGCCAAGCUCAGGACCAAUCUGCAGCAUGCCAUUCGUCGUGGCACCGGGCUUAUGGAGGAAGAUGAAGAGCCCAUUGUGGAGGAUGUGAUGAUGUCGUCUGAAGGUCGUAUGGAUGACCUGAACGAAGGCAUGGACUUUGACACCAUGGAUAUUGAUCUGCCUCCUUCUAAAAACCGUCGAGAGAGGUCCGAGCUGAAGCCAGACUACUUUGACCCUGCCUCUAUCAUGGAUGAAUCAGUCCUUGGGGUGUCCAUGUUUUAAGCUGAUAAUUAGACGCUGGGAGAAGAGAGGAGGCGCUUUGUAUUUAAAGAGAAUUUUAGAUGCGAAAACGGAAGUGUUUUCUGUAAAGAACAUUUCUGGCUUGUACUCCAUGUGGACCAAUGACACCCACACUCAGUGUUGCUUGCUCAGAGAGGACUUUGUUUCAAAUAUUUACUUUUAUAAUCUUGGGUAAGCUCUUCCUGUUCAGAAAUAGUGACAGGGUACUUCCAAACUUAGUAGAAAGCAGACGAGUCUGAAAAAAAAAGUUUUUGUUUUCUUUUUUCUUUUCUUUUCUUUUUUUUCUUUCUUUUUUUUUCCUUUUUUUUUUUUUUUUUUUUUUUGAAUGGGGAUGAAUUGGUGUGUUUUAACUUAAGAGACUUUUUUUUAUGUCUAACCCUUUUUAUAAUAGUGGUAAGUAACCCAGGUGUGAAGUAGUAAUUUAUAAACAGACUGUAGUAGCUUGCUUGUACUGUGUUAGCCAAGUGGACGAAGGUCUUUGUUUUUGUUCUUUUUUUUUUUUUUACUUUUUUAAUCGUUUUUUGUUUUUGUUUUUUUUUCCUUUUUUUGUGUUUCUUUUUCCUGUUGUUGGACCUAAGUUGUGGUCCCGAUAACCACUGGUGGUUCAGAUGGAGAGAUGUCAAGUAGAAUCAGUCAGUAUCCCUUUAGUGCUGUGAAGAUUCCCAGAGUCCAUUAAACGCUCCAUCCUACUCUACAGUAAGUCCUCAAGCUUACCCAAAGACUUGGACCCCCCACCCCACCCCACCCCAACUCCCACCACACCCACCGCCUGUCCGGCCAGGAGCUUUGUACAGAAAUGCGCGUCCCCGACGGCGAGCGCCGCCGUGUGGACUCUGGAGGAGAAGACGCAGCGCUUAAGAAGAAAAUCACAUCUCUCUUUCUCUUGAAAUCCAGCAUAUUCAUGUUGAAAUGGGUAUCUCUACAUUUUAAAUAAAAGUUAUAUAUGAAUCGGUGCUGAUUUUAUAAAUGUGCUUUUGGUUUUUUCUUAUUUUCAAAUUUUCAACCUAGAGUCACAAAAUUUGAGAAAUGUGUAAGUAAACUUAAAAAAAAAAGAUUGAAAGCAUGUGAAGCCAUGCGUCAAGGAAGAUUUUUAAAUUUGUAUUUUUAUGGUUUUUUCUGUCUUGAUAAUGUCUUCGGGUUUUUAACUUUUUUCCUACAUGUAAAUUAGUUUGGAUAAAACUAAUGGAAAUAAUUGUGAAAUUCAGCUUUAAAGUUUUUUCUCAAGGCCUGUCACAAAACACUUAAAAAAAAAAAAAAGACCGAUGUUAAACGUGAAAGGUAGUUCUUCAAAUCCUACUGAAGGUGAACGGUAUUCAGCAGUGCUCUGGCAGCUAGACAAAGCUUAGAUUUUGACAUAUAACUUGUCAUACACACAAGUUUUAAUGAAAUGUUUUGUCUACUGAAGUAUUUACUUUGUAGUCAUUCCAUGCCUAAGCCUUAAACAUGCUCGUGGAGGUCACCUUCUCUCUCUCAGUAAUCUUCCAUGUCAGAGGAUGAUGGCUCAUGUUUAAGGGGGGAGAUAAUUGGCUUCUUAGGACAUGAAACAUGAGGUGGUUGGAUGUAAUGUGAUAAAAGUAGAUGAACAGCCUGUGUGUGUUUUUUUUUCCUAAUUAUUUUAUGUAAGUAAAAAAGAAAAUUCUUUUAAGGAAAAAGUACUGUUUAUUGUUUGUUACUUUACUUACCACUACAUUGGUAUAAAUUCUUAUUAGAUCAUGUGUACAUAUAUAUACAAAAUUUCAAGCUUUAUUUUUUUUUCUUUAGGCCGUUUUCUGUUUUAUUUUCCUGCACUCUUACCUACACUAUUGAGUUGUUGUCUAUUUCCCAUCCACUCACUCUGUUUCUGAUUUGUACUUGUCUGGAGACAGUAACUUUUGAAUAAAAAUCAACACAUUUCGUCUGUGUAA